CUCGACUCCUACCGAGUUGCUGUCCGUCAAUUCUCAUAUCGCCAGCUGAUCGCAAUGGUCUCGUGUCCGAUCUGCAGUAAUUCCGUUCCGUCCGUGAAAAUCAACGAUCAUAUUGAUUCCAACUGUCAAAGCUACAUCGAGGAACCUACCUCUAGUGCAGGAGAUUCGUCCUCCCAGAAAGCUCAGGUCCCAAGCAUUUUUCAGCCAGCGUCGGCGCGUAAAACCCCUGCGCAGCCCAACUCACAGAAAGAUAUACGCUCCGAUUCCUCGCCCCUGCAAAAUGUCACCCGCAAGCGGUCGAUGCCGCCUCCUUCGGGUCGCCUGCCGGAGACGAACGCCGAACCGAGCUCGGAUCCCCCUCAAACAGAGCAUCAGUCAAAGAAACCAAAGAUAAAUGCAUUCAGAAAGGUGGCUCCUUUGGCGGAACGGAUGCGUCCUCGCACCCUCGAUGAGGUCUGCGGUCAGGACUUGGUCGGCAAGCAUGGCGUGCUUCGUGGAUUGAUCGAACAAGACCGGGUUCCUAGCAUGAUUCUAUGGGGUGGCCCGGGGACCGGUAAAACAACCAUUGCAAGGGUCGUCGCAUCGAUGGUGGGCAGCCGGUUUGUGGAAAUAAACAGCACCAGUUCCGGGGUGGCGGAGUGUAAGAAGAUCUUCUCUGAAGCGAAAAGCGAACUGGGUCUUACCGGAAGGAAGACAAUCAUUUUCUGCGACGAAAUCCAUCGCUUCUCCAAAUCGCAACAGGAUGUCUUCUUGGGACCCGUAGAAAGCGGGCAGGUUACUCUCAUCGGGGCCACGACGGAGAACCCCUCCUUCAAGGUUCAGAGUGCCUUGCUCUCUCGGUGUCGGACUUUUACGCUGUCCAAGCUCACCGAUGAAGACGUUACACAGAUCCUUUACCAUGCUCUGGAGGUUGAGGGUCCAAGCUAUUCACCGUCUGCCUUGGUCGAUGAUACCCUAAUAAAGUACCUGGCCAAAUUUUCCGACGGCGACGCUCGAACCUCCCUCAAUCUCCUCGAACUAGCAAUGGAUCUUUCGAAGCGACCUGGAAUCUCCAGCGAAGAGUUGAAGCGGUCCUUGACCAAAACUCUGGUGUAUGAUCGAGCUGGAGACCAGCACUACGACACGAUCUCGGCCUUUCACAAAUCCAUCCGGGGCAGCGACGCCGAUGCAGCCCUAUACUACCUAGCACGUAUGAUACAGUCCGGGGAAGACCCAUUAUACAUCGCCCGGCGGUUGAUCGUUGUGGCGUCAGAGGACAUUGGUCUAGCAGACAAUAGUAUGCUAACGCUCGCCAUCUCCACUCAUUCGGCUGUCGAGAAGAUCGGGCUUCCCGAGGCACGCAUCAAUCUGGCACACGCUACGGUAGCUAUGGCAAUGUCCAAGAAGAGCACGCGGUCAUACAGAGGCCUGAACAAUGCCAACGCUGCACUUGCCGAACCGGGCAUUGCCGGGUUGCCUAUCCCAAUCCAUCUCCGAAACGCCCCCACCAGGCUGAUGAAGGAACUUGGAUACGGCAAGGAGUACAAGUACAAUCCGAACUAUAGAGAUGGGGAGGUGGCCCAGGAAUAUCUUCCAGAAAAACUGCGAAAUCGGAAAUUUCUGGAAGACCUGGAUCUGGGCUAUCAAGUCGACCCAGAUCUCCAGACACAGGACAUGGAUUUCUCGGACAGUCCGUUUUGAUACGUUCAUCUACCAGCCAUAUGGACUCAGGAUCCAUAUACCCCAGGAGCUACAGAAUCGCUGGAUGAAUAUGCGAGAUGCAUGAUGUAGGUCUUCGUUCGGAGACCUCUACAUCGUCUGUGGUUAUGUUCGACCGACAACCCACCCUUUUAGGUCGAGGAGCGCAGCAUAUUCACUCCAUCAAUAACUCACUUGGACAGAUCGACUUAUAAUUAGCGACACUACCCGAGAAGACAGCAAAUCGUCACGCUUGGCUCAAGGGAAUCCUCUAAAUAGCCACCAAUCUCGGUGGAGAAAUGCCUGGCGCAAGGGACGAGAAGGGCGGGACUCGGGCCAGUCAAUGUGUAAAUAGGCGAGACUAG